UAACGCCUAGUAACCUAGCCUCCUCCUGCAUGUUCUCAAGCACUAAGAUGGGGAAAACGAAGGAAGCUAAUGAUUCGAAACGAAAAAGAAAACGUGUUGCAGUGGAAUCAAGCAGCGACGACGAUGAGAGUGAACAAGACUUAGAGGAGGAAUUGAAGUCACUCGCUAAACGUUCGAGACCAGCGAACGAUAGUAACGCCAAGCCACAGCGAUCAGGAGAUUCAGACAGUGACUUGGACUCAUCGGAGGGAAGUGAUGAUGAGUGGACAAUGGAUUCUGAGAAUAGUAAAGGAAAGGCUGCAAAAGCUAAGGACAAGAAAAAAGCCAAAAAAGCUUCAUCAUCAGGUUCUUCAUCAGAAGAAAGUGGUGAAACAUCCUCUGGUGAGUCAUCGUCAUCAUCAUCAUCCUCAGAGGAUGAAGAGGAAGAGCAGUAUCAUGAUGAUUGGGAUGACAACCUAAUGGGAGAUGAAGCAGAUAGGGCAAGACUUGAAAAGAUGACAGAGAAAGAGCGAGAGCAGGAGAUUUUCAACCGUGUUGAGAAAAGAGAAGCUCUUAAGACUCGAUUUGAAAUUGAAAGAAAACUCCGUCUUGCAAAAAGAAAGGAGAAGAAGAAGAAACGAGAGAAGGAAAAAGCAAAUCUUGAGAAGGAAGGAAUAGCUUUGCGGAAAAAAGAGCGAAAGAGACACAUUGAAGAGAAGAAAGCAAAAGCUUUGGAUGAUCUAAAGGCAAAGAGAUCUGAGAAGAAAGAGAAGAAAGUUGCAGAAUCUUUAGCAGACCAGAAAGCACCACAGUUUAAGACUAGUGAUGUGUUUACUGACGAUGAAGAUGACGAUGAGCAGGAGGAAAGCAAGUCAAGUUCAGGGGAAGGAUCAUACCAAGAAUCUGAUGAAGAGCAAGGCGAGGCACAACCUCAAAGGGUGUCAGCUUUGGGAGAUCUGGAGAGGAUAAGAAUAUCACGGCACAAGCUUGAAAGAUGGGUACACAUGCCCUUCUUUGGCAAGAUAGUGAUUGGCUGUUAUGUCCGUGUUGGUAUCGGAAAUCAUGAUGCAAGACCUGUUUAUAGGGUAGCAGAGAUAAGAGAUGUGGUGGAAACAGCCAAGAUAUACUCUUUGGGAAGUACAAAAACAAAUAAAGGAUUGAAGUUGAAACAUGGCAACCAGGAAAGGGUGUUUAGAUUAGAGUUUGUGUCAAAUCAGAGAUUCACAGAAACGGAAUUUGCCAGGUGGAAAGAAGAGUGUGAAUCUCAUGACAUUCCUUUACCAACACUUGAGGAGGUGGACACCAAAGCUAAACAAUUCAAUGAAGCACAGCAUUACAUGUAUAAUGAAGAGGAUAUUGACAAGAUUGUUGCAGAGAAACAGAAAUUCAGGAAAACACCCUUUAAUUAUGCUCAGAAGAAGAAUCAUUUAAUGCGAUCAAAGGAAAUAGCAGAACAGAAGGGGAACUUGGAAGAAGCAGAAAAAUUGCGUGGUGAAUUGGAUGACUUGGAAGAGAAAGCACAACAACUUGACAAAGUGCGGUCUAAAAACCUUAGUGCCAUCAGUUAUAUCAAUGAAAGAAACAGAAAGAGGAAUAUUGUGGAAGCUGAAAAAGCUGCAGCUGAAGAAAUGAAUGUGGAACAAAAAGCUGAUCCAUUCACAAGACGGAAAACCCUUCCUCAACUUGUGUCUAUGGCUAAUAGAACCAUUCCAAGUUCUGUUACACAAGCACAAAAUGGAGCGAAUACUGAAGGGGCAGCUUCUUCUUCGAUGCCCCAAUCCACCAGCACUGAUGGAGCUUCAUCAUCAAGCCAACCAACUGAAACAGCUGAUGUGUCAGAUAUAGAAAGACUUUCACAAAUGCCAUUGGCUGGAGCAGCACCUCAUCCUCCUGAAGGGAAACCUUCUCAGUCAGAGGAUCUGUUUUCAGCACACAACUUCGACAUCACAAUCAAUCUCGACAUUCCUGCCCCUGGAACAGAGGCUCGUCCAGUGGUAGUAACUCCAAGACCUUCAAACACUGAAAGGGAUGGAGCACCUAGGAGAUCACUAAACCUUGAAGACUACAAGAAGCGAAGAGGACUGAUAUGAACUUUGAGGAUGACUGGCUGAACUAGCUGUUAAAUUGAAACUGACCUUGAAUUUUUUUUUACUAGUUGGAUUUGUAGUACAGAAGGAAGUGUUUGGACAGUGCAUGUUUCAUUGGAGGAAAGAUAAUGGUGCUUUAGUGCUUAUUUUUGUUGAAGAGAAGGAUUGGAGGAAUUCUGGUUUGACUUUUCAUUUUCCUUCAUUUGAGCCAAGGAGUUAAGCUCAUCUGUUUCUGUCAACAAAUUCACUCAAAUUAGCACAUUGCA